AGGAGGCAGGAUCCUAGUUCCUCGGCUUACUGUGGUCAUUACCUCCCCUGGGUGUGCCGCGAGGCGGCGCCAUGCGGAAGGCGGGACUGUUGCUCGCUCUCAGCGGCGGGGCGUGGAGGUCUGUGCGGAUGGCCAGCUCCGGGAUGGCGCGCCGGGACCCGCUCGCCAAUAAGGUGGCUCUAGUCACGGCGUCCACCGACGGGAUCGGCUUCGCCAUCGCGCGGCGACUGGCCCAGGAUGGGGCCCAUGUGGUCAUCAGCAGCCGGAAGCAGCAGAACGUGGACCGGGCAGUGGCCAAGCUGCAGGGGGAAGGGCUGAGGGUGAUGGGCACCGUGUGCCACGUGGGGAAGGCCGAGGACCGGGAGCGGCUGGUGGCCACGGCCGUGAGCCUUCACGGGGGCAUUGACAUCCUGGUCUCCAAUGCCGCCGUUAACCCUUUCUUUGGAAACCUAAUGGAUGUCACCGAGGAGGUGUGGGACAAGAUUCUGGACAUUAACGUGAAGGCCACAGCCCUCAUGACAAAGGCCUUGGUGCCAGAGAUGGGAAAGCGAGGAGGCGGCUCAGUGGUUAUUGUGGCCUCCAUAGGAGACUACUCUACGUUUCCUGGCCUGGGACCCUACAAUGUUAGUAAAACUGCCUUGCUGGGCCUCACCAAGAACCUGGGAGAGCUGGACCAAAGGAACAUUAGGGUGAACUUGGCACCGGGAAGCAUUAGAACUAGCUUCAGCCAAGUGUUGUGGAAGGACAAGGAAAGGGAGGAGAGCAUAAAAGAAAUCAUGCAGAUAAGAAGGAUAGGCAAGCCGGAUGAAUGUGCAGGCAUUGUGUCCUUCCUGUGCUCUGAAGACGCCAGCUACAUCACUGGGGAGACAGUGGUAGUGGGUGGAGGGACCCCAUCCCGCCUCUGAGGUCUUGGAGAGGCCUCACCGGGGUAGAGAUUGGGCUACAGCUCCUGCACUCAUCGACUAGCCUUUCCCACCUCUGCCCAAUAUACUGCUCACCUUACACCCCACCCCACCCCCCAAAUCAGUUCCACCCUGUGAAAAGAUCCAGCCUUCCCUAUGAUCAAGGUAUGGUCUUGGGAUUCGCUCUGUUGCUGAAGCCUUGAGUAGAGACUUCCCCUGAGAGCAGAGGGCAGGCCUGCUGAGAAAGCUGAGUCUAUGUUGCCAAAAAACAGUACUUUUUUUCCUGGACUUGGGGGAAUUUGAGGGAGACGGGUUUGAAGGAAGCUGGGUGGAAAAUCAACAACUUGCAAAGAAAGAUGCAAAUAAAAUGCAGAUGAUCAUGUUGCUUUGAA